GGCGUCCCAAAGUUGACUCCUGAAUUUAUACCCUCCCCUUAAUUGGAAGCUCCCAUCACAGCACAGAGUGUGACUUCAUAUGGAGUGUGACUCUGUAGUGGAGUGUUAGUGAGGAGGGAGCGGUUUGGGAAAGGCCGUCUGUGUGUGUGUGUGUGUGUGUCUGUGUGUGUGUGUGUGUGUGUGUGUGUGUGUGUGUGUGUGUGUGUGUGUGUGUGUGUGCCGGUGUGAUCGGAAGAGCAACAGUAGUCACUGCAGCCGUGAGUACAUGACUGAAGGCGAGUGAACAGACGAAACAAAAAAUGGCUGGGAAUCUUAGAAGCCUGGUGGAUGAUUACCCCAGAUAUCUGAAGUCCUUCAACCUGUUUCUGGAACGUUCCACUGAACACCAGAGCAUGAAGGAUUUCAUCGAUGGGAAGCUCCCCGACAUCCUGGCUGGUGUUGGAGGAGGUAGAGCCACUCUGAAUGUGAUGGGUGUUGGAAGUGGAUCAGGUGUGAUUGAUCUGGAAAUGCUUGCCCACCUGCAUGCAAAGCAUCCUGACGCCAAAGUGGACAACGAGGUGGUGGAGCCCAGUGAUGACAUGGUUUACAAGUAUAAAGUUUUAGUGAAGGACACUCCUGGCCUGGAACACAUCACCUUCAAGUGGAAUAAGAUGACAGCAUCUGAGUUUGAGAGCGACUGGAGGCAGAGAAACCCUGACAAGAAGAUGGACUUCAUUCACAUGAUUCAGAUGCUGUAUUAUGUAAAGGAUCCAGAGGCCACGGUUUCGUUCUUUCGAAGCUUGCUGAACAAGGACGGUAAACUUCUGAUUAUCCUGGUCACAGGAGAGAGCGGCUGGGGCAAGUUGUGGAAAACCUACCGGGCUCAACUGUGCAAAAGUGAGAUCAGCCAGUGUAUCACAAUGGGAGACAUCAGGAGCUUUUUAGAUGCCAAAACCAUCCCCUACCAAAGCUUUAAGCUGCAGUCUCAGAUGGACAUCACAGAGUGUUUCACAGCUGGAGAUGAGAAAGGCGAGCUGCUGCUGGACUUCCUGACCGAGGUGAUGGAUUUCAGUAAAAAUGCUUCUCCUGAGCUGAAGGCCGGCGUUCUGGAGCUUCUCAAACACCCCGACUGCAGCCAGGAGGUGGAUUCCAGAGUCAUGUUUAACAACAACCUUGAGGCCUUAGUUCUAGACCCAUAGUCCAGAAAUGUCUUAAAAUAGAUUUUAAAAUGUGAUUAUAAAGUAUUUUAGAUUAUUUUGACAUUGUAGUUACUGAUGUAUUGAGAUGUUUGUUAUAAUAGUUUUGUUUCACUUAUAAAUGACAUGUACAGCAUGGUAGUCCUGGGUAAUCCAUUCUUAUUAUUGAAUUAACAUGUUUAAGCCACAACAGUUGCUAAAAUAAAUCAGUUAUAUAAAGGAAAUGUAUAUAUGUAUACAGUUUAGGGAAGGCUCUUUCCUGUUCCAACAUGACUGUGCUGCUGUGCACAAAGCAAUCUCUUUAAAGACAUGAGGAAAGUCCAGUGUCCUUUCAUGAACUAAACCUUUCAUGACCAGCAUCAGUGAUCAGCCAUACAAAUGCUCUUUCAACUGAAUGGGCACAAAUUCCCAUGGACAUACUUUAAAGUCUAGUGAGAAGCCUCUCUGAAGAGUGGAUGUUGUUAUAGCUGAUAGUCACAUAGAGGUAGUGUCCAAAAAGUUUAUGGUCAGGUGUCCAAAUACUUUUGGCCAUAUAGUGUAGUAUUGAGGUCUGGAUUUUGGCUGGAAGCUGUUAACUCAUGCUGGAACAGGAAAAGGCCUUCCCUAAACUGUUGCUGCAGUAUUGGAAGCAUAACAUUUUCUUUGGUAUAUGUAGUAAACCUGUUAACAGUUAUUGAAGCUGAUACACAUCUGUUUAAUAUUUAGAAGGGGGCGUCCCAAUACUUGUGUCCAUAUAUGUACAUCCACUAUGCAUAUAAUGCUAAAGUUGGCACAAGCAAUUAUUAAGAUAAAAAUAAAUCAGAAUAGGACCAAUGAUAUAUCCUGGCACUGUACAUGUCCCUUACAUGUGUAUGUAAAGUUAAAACUUUAACUACAGGUAUAUAAAUAUUUUUAUGAUUUUUAAAAAUGAGAUGAUUUUAUAUUAGACGGUAGUGUAAUUAUAGUGAAAUGUUACUCAUGAUGGAUUCUGAAACGGUCAAACAUUUUUUGUUUGAUUUGUUUGAGUGCUACAAUAAGAACGUAAAGAAUUGUACUAACUGAAUUAGUAUUGAGUAAAUCUAAAUAGAAUAAAAACUGAUAAUCAAAUGUUCGUUUAAUUAGUGAAGUGGGGCGGCACGGUGGCUUAGUGGGUAGCACUGCCUCCUCACAGCAAGGUCCUGGGUUUGAUCCCCAAAUGGGGCGGUCCGGGUUCUUUCUGUGUGGAGUUUGCAUGUUCUCCCUGUGUCUCCGGUUUCCUCCCACAGUCCAAAGACGUGCAAGUGAGGUGAAAUGGAGAUCCAAAAUUGUCCAGGACUGUGUUUGAUAUAACCUUGUGAACUGAUGAAUCUUGUGUAAUAAGUAACUACCGUUCCUGUCAUGAAUGUAACCAAACUGUAAAACAUGACAUUAAAAUCCUAAUAAACA